AUGUGGAAAGGUAUAUGCCUAAAAGACCCAGAGUUGCGUUCGUUAGCAGGUGACAUACCAGGAAUUCUCCUACGUGAUCGAGCCCCUCGAACAGUGCGUAAAUAUCAGGAUUCCUUCCAACGUUGGCAUACCUGGGCAGAAAGCAAAGAUCUCUGUUCUCUACCCGCAACUGGUCAAGAGAUAGCUCUGUAUGUGGCAUUCCUUUUACGAACAGCUAGGACAAUGUCCACUAUUCAUUCGGCAGUAUAUGCGAUUGCUUGGGCACAUAAGAAGGCGGGAAAGAAAUCCCCAACAGAACACACACUGGUUAAGCAGAUGAUUGAAGCUAGUCGGCGAAUUGUGGGGCUGAAACCUGUGAAUAGGAAACAGCCACUGGAGGCCAAACAUGUGAAAGCUAUCAUUGUUAAGUUUGGUGACGGGAAUCUGGGACAGCUGCAGAUAGCAACAUUAAUCACUUUGGGAUUUAGUGCAUUUCUGAGAUGGGAUGACUUGUCUAAGUUAGAGAGGCAAGACAUUGCAAUGGAAAAUGAUCACAUGAAAAUAUUUCUGGUCAAGCGGAAGAAUGACCAGUACCGGGAAGGAUCUUGGAUUCUUGUUGCCCGCUCAGGCAAAAUAUCAUGUCCAGUUAAGUUGCUUGAGAAAUUUCUACGAAUGGGGAAACACAGCCAACAGGAUAAACUGUUCAGAAAGAUUUCUCACACAUCUAAUGGAAUGCAACUGAGAAAAUCCCCCUUGAGUUACAGCAGAGCUCUGGAACUAUUCAAGAUGCAGAUAUCUAGUAUUGGUUUGAAUCCAUCUGCUUAUGGCUUACACAGCUUACGUUCUGGUGGUACAUCCGAAGCAGCCGCCUGGGGUAUACCUGAUCGUCUGAUCCAGCGACAUGGGGGAUGGAGAUCUGAGAAAUCUAUGAACAUGUACAUUAAAGAGACACAUAACACCCUAUUACGAGUUUCACAGAGCUUAGGCUUAUGA